UCCUCUCCUGUCGAGUGGCAUUCGGAGAACUUGGAGGAGCCGUGGAGGGCAGUGGGACUGAGGCAUCUCUUCUAUUUUACAUACACCACGAAAGGCACGCUCCUUGCAGCGGUAGGACAAUGAAAACAUUACCCUGCGGUGACUCGGAUUGGGAGAAACCACUCAUGCCCUGAAAGCGACUUGAAUUUUUACGCACUCCGAUUCUUUUUUUUCUGGACUUUCAGGCAUCGGCCUGGGAGUGUUUCUCAGUCUAUAAAAACACCCCCCGCCCGCAGCCAGCAUGGACGAGGAGCAGUGCUACUACAACGAGACCAUCGCGUUCUUCUACAACCGCAGCGGCAAAUACCUGGCGACGGAAUGGAACACGGUCAGCAAGCUGGUGAUGGGCCUGGGCAUCACCGUGUGCAUCUUCAUCAUGCUGGCCAACCUGCUGGUCAUGGUGGCCAUCUACGUCAACCGGCGCUUCCACUUCCCCAUCUACUACCUGAUGGCCAACCUGGCGGCGGCCGACUUCUUCGCCGGCCUGGCGUACUUCUACCUGAUGUUCAACACGGGGCCCAACACGCGGCGCCUCUCCGUGAGCACCUGGCUCCUCCGCCAGGGCCUGAUCGACACCAGCCUCACGGCCUCCGUGGCCAACCUGCUCGCCAUCGCCAUCGAGCGCCACAUCACCGUGUUCCGCAUGCAGCUGCACACGCGCAUGAGCAACCGGCGCGUGGUGGUGGUGACGGUCAUCAUCUGGACCAUGUCCAUCGUCAUGGGGGCCAUCCCCAGUGUGGGCUGGAACUGCAUCUGCGACGUGAGCACCUGCUCCAGCAUGGCGCCGCUCUACUGCAACUCCUACCUGGUGUUCUGGGCCGUGUUCAACCUGGUCACCUUCCUGGUCAUGGUGGUCCUCUACGCUCACAUCUUCGUCUACGUCCGCCAGCGCACCAUGAGGAUGUCCCGGCACAGCUCUGGGCCCAGACGCAACCGCGACACCAUGAUGAGUCUGCUGAAGACGGUGGUCAUCGUGCUGGGAGCCUUCAUCGUGUGCUGGACUCCAGGUCUGGUCCUCCUCCUGCUCGACGUCUUCUGCUCCAGCUGCAACGUCCUGAUGUUCGAGAAGUUCUUCCUCCUCCUGGCCGAGUUCAACUCGGCCAUGAACCCCAUCAUCUACUCCUACCGCGACAAGGAGAUGAGCGCCACCUUCAGGCAGAUCCUGUUCUGCCAGCGCCAGGAGAGCGUCAACGGCACGGCGGCGGCCGACGGCUCCGACCGCUCCGCCCUCCGUCAACCCUCCUCCGUCAACCACACGGUGCUGGGCGGCGGCGGGGCGCAACACAACAACCAGCACUCUGUGGUGUGAGGCUCGGCCCGGGAUGCCGGAACAGUGGACAGAGGGGUCACGGAUCAGGAGAGGCCACUGAGGGAGCGUGAUGAGAAGGAUCGGAAUUGAAGCAUAGAGUGUGUCCGGAAGGACUGUGGAGAUGAUGGUGAUGAUGGUGGUGAUGAUGGUGGUGAUGAUGAUGGUGAUCAUGAUGGCGAGGAGGACAGAAUGAAAGGAUGAAGGAGAACGAUGAAGUCUAAAGUCAUGUGUUUGUUUCUGUUCCCCAGCAGAGACCUGAGGCAUUUCAGUAGCACGGACUCUGAUACAUAGAUAGGAAGAUUGUUUGUUGUUUGUUGUUUUUUUUGGAAUUGUUGUGUAACAGUGUUUUGUUGAUCCCAGAUGAACUAUUUAAGGACUAAUCAGUGUUUUGAAGGACCUUCUUGUAGACCCCCUUCUGCCUGUCCUACAGUCUCUCAGCCAAUGACGAGCCCUGUCUGUCAGUCACAUGACCGUAUAGGCGUUCAGAUUCAGUGCUGCUGCACUCGUGAAAGCCCAGCCUGAAGAUAAUCCUCAUCCCAGGCACUCCCACCUCAUACGGAGGAGGCCCAUCGCUGAACUAUUACUGCCCAGGUCCAGGGACAUCAGACAUGGUGCUCCUGAAAGAUCUCAACUAUCUGCUAGCUUAACAUGAAAUGUGCGUUCACUUUGGCCUUAUGGGGCUAGUUUUCAGGGCAGGGGGAGGGCAGGAUAUGGUGGGAGGGGAGGGUAGGGGAGGGGGGAGAGUAGUUGACCAUUAUUAAACAGUAUUAAUGAGCCAUGGAAACUGACAGCGGAGGUUGAAGAUGACCAGGCUCCCACUAAACUGUCGGGACCAGGUCACCGUGGAUGGGUAGAGAGUUGGCAGUUUCAGAGUCAAAGCCACACACACACACACACACUAUGAGGCUAACCAGGCUUCCGCUAAGUGUCCAUUCUGUCUUAACACACCAAAGUAAACCAUGACUCAGCGCUAGGUGUUUCUCAUAGCGGCACAGCCUGUAUCCACGGCUGUGCUCUUCUCCAAACAUCUCCCCCAUGGGGCCAUGAUGACCUCCCUGCCUGCCUCCCUCCACCUGUCGAGAGUCUGCCAGCGAGAGCUCAGCACCACCAUGCACACAUAAGUACACACACACAGCGGUAGAGAGGGAAACAGGGAGAGUAAUGUAGGGUAGACAACACACUUCUUCCACACACUGAAUGCAGAAACCCCUGACCACUCCCUUCAGACCUUUCCCUUUUCUGCUUUCUUCUUUUUCCUUCCCUCCGCUCUUCCUCCCUUUCCUCUCCUCCCUCACCCCUCCUCUCCUCCCUCACCCCUCCUCUCGUAUCUUUCCUCUCCUCCCUCACCCCUCUUCUCCUCCCACCCUCCCCCUCGUAUCUCUCCUCCUCCCCCUCUUCUCUAACCAUUGCUAACUAACUAUAGCCGUACUCAUCAUGCUUCAGGCUGCUUCUGAAACCAAUUAAAAUACACAUAUUAGUAUGUCUUCUCUGCAUAUACCAGUUUAUGUAUGUGUGUACAGUUUGUAUGUAUAUAAAAUAUAUAUUCAAAGUUAAUCACCAAAAUGAGUUUUGGUGUUGUUGUUGUUUAUGGUACAGAAUAAGACCAAAGCUUCCUCCGUCUACCCAGAUGGCACACACGUGGUCCACUGUAAAUGAUAUCAAGAACAUUAAGCAUCUGUAAUUACAAUAUUAAAUAAACAAGA